UCAAGUAAUUAAUUUCAGUUGCACUCUCUAUAAAGGCAAGAGUUGGCUUCUCUACGAUCAUAUCACAUCACGAAGCAAUAACACUCAUCUCAGCUCUGUAUAUCCUUCUGUUUCUCAGUUUGUUGGACAUGGGAGAAGUCGUAGAGAUCAUGUUCGGAAAUGCGUUCCCGGAGAUUCACAAAGAUACGACAGCCAUUCAAACCCUCCACUCCAACCAGCAGGAGGGCCACUGGUCUGAAGAAACCAUCGAUGAUGAUCUCAAGUGGUCUUUUGCCCUCAACAGUGUUCUACAUGAAGGAACUAUCGAGUACCAAGAAAUGGCUCUUUUGGACACCAAACGUUUCCGCAAGAUACAUUUUCGUGUUCUUGUGAUUGAUGGGAAAAUGCAAAGUGCAGAGAAAGAUGAGUUUAUCUACCAUGAAUGUUUGAUCCACCCUGCCCUUUUGCUCGUGUAUAGCCCCAAGACAGUGUUUAUAAUGGGAGGAGGUGAAGGCUCUGCUUCUAGAGAAAUACUUAAACACAAGACAAUCGAAAAAGUGGUCAUGUGUGAUAUUGAUCAGGAAGUUGUUGAUUUUUGUAGGAGAUUUCUGACCGUUAAAAGCGUCUCGUUAAAAGCGACUGCUUUUUGUAACAAGAAGCUUGAACUUGUGAUCAAAGAUGCAAAGCAAUUCACAUAA